GGCUACACAAUCUGGUUAAAUUGACAUAUUCUUCGCUCGGAGAUGGAUGUCCAUAGCAUAUUUUGAGAAGGGCACCAUAUGGAUAAGGAUCGAACAGCUACAUAUGUAGUCACUUUCAUGAAGUUUAGGGAGACAAUGGCCCAACAAUGGGCAAGGACUAAAGAGCCACUCCAUUGUCUCUUUGCUUCCCGUUUUAUCACGUACCAUCCUCCUGGUAGAAAGAGGCGUUGCUUUUCCAAGAAAGGUCUCCCUCAUCCAACUGUCCGAAAGCUGGAUGCUCUGGCCAAACUUAAAAAGAGGCUCGCUCGCCUGUCGGUCAAAACCUACCAUUCUUGCUGGGACUCUCAUCAUGCCUUGCUUCCUAUUUAGUAAUAAAGCAUGACAUUCGAGUUGCAUAAACAGCACAAACCCUUCCUUUCCUUACUAGAAGUUCACAGCAUUGCUUCCUGCUCGCGGAUUGUUUCGAUAUGGCGGACUCUACAUCGCCUUGCUGUGACGCUUUAGACAAAUCUCAAGAGAUGGAGCGACAGAAGCAAGAGAAAGGGAUCAAGUUCUCCGACGAUGAGGAGUCUCUCAUAAUCAGGAUGUAUAAACUUGUUGGAGAAAGGUGGCACUUGAUCGCCGGAAGAAUCCCUGGAAGAACAGCUCAGGAGAUUGAGAAGUACUGGAACUCUAGAUACUCCACAAGCGAAUGAAGCCUAAUUGCUGAAGCAUUUUACCCCUCGUGUAAUAGACCUUGUUGGGCUGGCAUUCUUGCCGAUAGAUUUUCGGUUUGUCAAUUACGGCUGAGGAACAAAAAUGAGUUUCAGCAAAGCAGAAUAAAAAGAUCUUCAUUACAGCCAUAGUUUGGCAUCAUGUAAAGUACACUAGUUACAAGAUGGACCCCAUGCAUCAAUGUCUCGCGAGUUAUCCAACGCAGUAAAUGCGAAUAAAGAACCAAGGUUGUA